AACCCAGAACCCCACUCUUACGCAGGCCUGGUAAAAAGUAAAGCAAACAAGUUAGGGUAGUGCUGAGAAAAUGGUGUUAGGGCUGAGACAAUUCACGGACAGAGUUGGAGACGGUGCAGGAGAACCCUUUCUAGACGCCGACAAUGGCGAGGAGCUCAUGCACGAGCAACCCGGUGUCGCCGUCGUUCUUGGGAAUCGCGCUCCUGACUCGCCUGGCACUCUCUAUAUCUCCACCAAGCAGGUGAUUUGGUUGAGUGAUGUGGACAGGGCCAAAGGUUAUGCUGUUGAUUUCUUGUCUCUGUCACUGCAUGCCAUUUCAACAGACCCGGAGGCCUAUCCCUCUCCUUGUAUAUACGCUCAGAUUGAAACGGAAGCUGAUGAAGAUGAGUCCGAGGGCUCAGAUUCAGAAAGUAGUGAUGCCCUAGACUUAUCCAAGAUCACAGAGAUGAGGCUUGUUCCAUCAAAUCCAAGCCAAUUGGAUACUCUGUUUGAUAUAUUCUGUCAAUGUGCUGAACUUAAUCCUGAACCAAUUGAUGAAGAAGAAGAAGAACAGAAUUGGGUUUUUAGCGCUGAUCAGAUUGUAGAGGAGACAGCUGAGGAGGAAGAUCAUUUCUCUCAAAAUCCAUCCAACUCAAUUGGUCAUUCAAAUGGGGAUCAUGACCUAGCUCGUACGGUGCUUGAGCUUCAAAUCAACGAUCAACGAUUUGAGGAUGCAGACGAGAUAGACCAUGACCGUGACAGUGGCCAUCAUUGAGCUUCUAUAUCUUCUUCUAAUGCCGCAUCUUCAAAUGUUUUCUUUAAUUGCAUGUCUCAUUUCUUGUCCUGUGCCCAGGUUCUUGCAGUACAGUACAUGUGGCAUAUUUUUGUAGGUCUCUUUAAACUUCAUGACUAAAGAGGGACAAUUUUGUACUAUUUUCUAGGUACUUCCUUUUAACCUAAUUAUAAACUUUUGUAGACUCCAAUUUUCCAAGUUAGUAAAUGCUCGGAUAAGUAUGCAAAUUAU